AUGCGUGGGCCCGUCCCCGAGAGUCGGUAUAACCGGAAUGGUUUCAAGGAUACCCUCGGAAGCAAAGGCGCAAUUCCGACACAACAUGGCUACUUUCUGGACCAGGAUCCUACCGGGUUCGAUCCUUCUCUCUUCUCUCUCACCGAGGAAGAGGUUAGUCGAACGGAUCCCCAACAACGCAUCCUCCUCGAGAUCGUCCACGAAUGUUUUGAGAAUGCCGGCGUAGUAGAUUAUCGGGGUUCGAAUAUUGGAUGUUAUAUGGGCCAGUUUGCCGACGAUUGGGUGCAUUUACAGGCGAAAGAGGAUCAGCAUACUGGUGGCUAUCUACUGACCGGUCAAUCUGAUCUCCUGCUCGCCAACCGCGUGUCCUACGAAUAUGAUCUUCGCGGCCCUAGUCUCGUGGUCAAAACAGGAUGCUCGGCCUCAUUGGUUGCCCUACAUCAAGCAUGUCGCGCCCUUCAGAUGGGGGACUGUGUCGGUGCCAUCGUGGCGGGCUCCAACCUGAUCUUAGGCCCGACAUUGACAGCCGCCAUGUCAGCCGAAGGUCUGUUGUCUCCCACCGGGUCCUGCAAGACCUUCGACAGUACCGCUGAUGGAUUUGCUCGUGGCGAGGCCGUGGUGGCUAUCUAUCUACAACGUCUGGAUCGUGCGAUUCAACAACACCUCCCGAUCCGGGCGAUCUUGGCCAAUACCUGCAUCAAUGCCAAUGGUAAUAGCUCAAACAUAAUACAACCUAAUGAGAGGGCUCAAAUGGACUUGAUGCGCCAGGUAUAUGCCGAGAUUAGAUAUGAGACGGGCCGGACCGCCUACGUGGAAUGCCACGGAACGGGAACGCCAACGGGGGAUCCUAUUGAAACUACCGCCGUGGGGAAGAUCUUUGGCUCCCAAGGCGUGUACAUUGGCAGCAUCAAACCCAAUUUAGGUCAUUCAGAGGCGGCGUCAGGGCUUAGCUCGCUACUCAAGGCUAUUGUCAUGCUGGAGAAGGGUAUGAUCGUUCCACAUAUUAAGUUACAAUCACCCAAUCCCAAGAUCGAUUUUGCCAAAUACCGAUUGCGAGUGGCACAUGAACUCUUACCUUGGCCUCGGGAUCGCGAUCUUCGAGUUUCCAUCAACUCUUUUGGCAUCGGUGGCAGCAAUGCCCAUGUCAUCGUCGAACAUCCAUAUCAACGACUUUCCCAAAUCUUCCACUAUAGCUCGACCGCAGGCCUACGUCUACGAUCACCUCAACUUCUCCUCAUCUCGGCGCACACCUCGACGACCCUUCAAAACCUCUCGGCAAGCUACCGACAGUACAUUCAAGCUCAUCCCGACUCGCGAUCGAACUUGGCAUACACUUUAGCUCAUCAUCGGAAACAACAUGCUCUCCGAACAUUUGUUAUUUCCGGCGAAGCGGACAAAGACGAAGGCGAAGGCGAAGGCAAGAAUAAGCGCAAUGGCGGGGACAAGGGAGUGUCAGAGAACGAGCGCGAAGACGACGGAUACCAUCCAGCUCCUGUCGUUCGGGCUCCCUCCAACAGCCCUAGGGUGACUAUGGUAUUCAGCGGUCAAGGUGCGCAGUGGGCGCAAAUGGGUGCCGAUUUGCUCUUGAACAAUGCCGACUUCUCUCAAUCCAUCAAAACCAUGGAUAGCGUCUUGCAGACCCUAAAGUACCCUCCUGCAUGGUCCAUCUGGGAAGAACUUCAACGAUCGUCCUGCUCCAGUCAAGUGGAUCGCGCCGAGUUGGCUCAACCCUUGUGUACGGCCCUACAAAUCGCUCUUCUCCAUGUCCUUGCGGCUGGUGGCAUUGAUCCUAGUGCUGUCGUGGGUCACUCAAGCGGAGAAAUUACUGCGGCGUAUGCCACGCGUGCUAUCAGUAUAGAAGAAGCCAUUAUUAUCGCAUACUAUCGUGGCAUGGUCAUGAAGAAUCUGCGUCGGAAGGGUGCUAUGGCAGCAAUUGGCCUGGACGCCAUGACGAUCCGCCGUUUCUUGAAGCCUGGGGUGGUCGUGGCAUGCGAAAACAGCCCCAACUCCACCACCAUCUCAGGCGAUGAAGAUGUCCUUCUCCAGGUGCUUGACCAGAUCAAAGACAAUCAUGAUGAGGUCUUUGCGCGCCUGUUGAAGGUCAAUGUCGCCUAUCAUUCGCAUCAUAUGAAGGAGCUGUCUUUACAAUAUCGUGACCUCCUCCGGGAAGAGUUCUCUUCUCGAAACCUGACUUCACAAGAUCCAGAGAUUCCCAUGUUCUCAAGCGUAACAUGCCAACCCCGGACCCUCUCUAGGGAAGACUUUAACCUCCAAUAUUGGGUCGAAAACCUCAUCUCACCCGUCCGAUUUCAUACCGCGAUGUCACAGGCAUUGCAGGCGCAGGGAUCCAAUGUACUGGUCGAAGUGGGACCUCAUUCCACCCUCGCCGGUCCACUUCGACAGAUCUGCUCGGCCUGGAAUGUUUCCUACCACUACUGUUCGAUCCUGACACGCUUCUCAUCAAGCCAACGAAGUCUCUUGACAGCCUUGGGCAUUCUAUAUCAGCAUGGUUUGGCAAUUAGAUGGGGACAUGUGAUCCCACGAGGUGUCGUGCUCACCGAUCUACCGACGUAUCCCUGGGAUCAUUCUAACUCGUAUCGGUAUGAGAGUCGAGUUGCCAAGGAGUGGCGAUUGCGGAAAUAUGGUCAUCACGAGAUCCUUGGACUCCGAGUGCCCAUGACGACCGAUUUCACUCCCGUCUGGCGGGUCAUGUUAGACGUGGAGCAUAUUCCCUGGCUCAUCGAUCAUCAAGUUCAGAGCAAUAUAGUCUUUCCCUUCGCCGCAUAUAUCGCCAUGGUGGGUGAAGCCUUUCGUCAGGUGAGUGGGUACGAAGAUGGGUAUCGGAUUCGUCACGCCACAGUCUCGACGGCCAUGGUAUUGGAUGCUUCCAAGCCUUUGGAAGUGGUCACCACACUGCAUACCUGUCCCGUCAUCGAUGGGAAUGAUACCCAAUGCCAGUUUGAGUUCUUCAUUGCCUCCUUCUCAGGAUCAGCAUGGAUUCAGCAUUGCAAGGGACUGGUCCAAAAGCCAACGUCAAAUCUGUCGACAGCCACGAUGAACGCUCUGCCGAGACGAGUCAUCCUCAAAACAUGGUAUGGCGCCAUGGCACGAGUGGGCAUCUUCUACGGGCCAAGUUUCCGUCGGAUCCAGACUCUUUCAACCUCGACUCAACAGGCCCUGAGUGUUGGCCGUGUAUCCACCUGUGGUCAGUUGCCAGACAUCGACCGGUCUGGAUACUUUCCGUGCUCCCGAUAUCUUUUGCAUCCCGCUACUCUCGAUGCCACCUUUCAGGUCGGGUAUGCAGCAUGGACGAAAGGUCUCUGCCGGAAUUUGAUUGAGUGUCGAGUUCCCAUCCAGAUCGAUGAAUUGGAAGUACUGCCAGGAGCAGCCACACACAUCGAUUGCACGGCGUCCAUUACGCCUCCAGGCGAUGAGCUCGCGGUGGACGGCUUCCAGAGCAUAGGCAAGCCGUGUCUGCAUCUACGUGGCAUGAAGCUUGCACCCCUAGCCAAGAACGAGAACGUUUCGGAAGAUGAGGACCAUGGUGGCAGAUCGGGAGCUGCUAGACUUCACUGGGUGACCGAUGUUGACUUUCAAGAUGUAGCCUCAUUGGUCAAGGUCCCAGCGGCUCGAGAUCACGACAAGCAACGAGUCGAAGAACUCGCGUUACUCUGUAUCCUCGACUCUGCCAAUCUGCUGAAGGAUCUCGAUCCUGAUCCUAAACUUCCUUAUCUCUCCAAAUACCGCGCUUGGAUCAAGCGGACCGCAAACGAGGUAACGAACGGCCAUCAUGGAGUCCUUGAAAAUAUUGCCGACUUGGCUUCGUUGUCCGCUGAUGAACGACACCAUCGUAUCCAACAACUCAGUAAGGAAACAUCCACGUCUCAAUCGAUGGCCGCUAUGGUAGAGGGUAUCGUGCGCAUCUAUCGCCAUAUGCCGGACCUCUUCACUGGCACUACGGACCCUCUCGAUCUGCUCCUACAAGACAACAUCCUUGCACAAAUCUAUGAUACAGUUAGCUUCGAUUACAGCAACCUCGUCAGUGCCUUUGCGGAUUCAUUACCGACUCUGCGUAUACUCGAGGUUGGUGCCGGCACUGGUGGUUCUACCGAACUCAUUUUGCGAGGGAUGCAAUCAUGGGGUUCUUUCCCACGUUAUGCUCAAUAUACCUUUACCGAUGUCUCGGCGGGAUUCUUUGCCAUGGCAAGUGAACGUUUGGCUUGGGCACAAAAUAUAGAAUACCGAGUCUUGGAUAUCUCACAACACCCCACUCCGCAAGGGUUUACGCUGGGCUCAUACGACCUCAUCAUCGCCGCCAAUGUCGUCCACGCCACCCCUUACUUGUCUGAGACGCUCCAACACCUUGAACUCCUCCUAUCUCCCGGGGGAAAGCUGAUCCUCACCGAGCUCUGUUCUUUGUUCCGAGCCCCCAAUUACAUCUUUGGUCAGUUCUCGGGAUGGUGGCUGGGAGAAGCCGAUGACCGCGAAUGGGAACCCUACGUUUCUGUGGAUCGAUGGGAUCAGGAACUACAGGCCGUCGGUCUCAGUGGAGCCCGUCAUGUGGUACUAGAUUCAAUCGCACCUUGGCAAUAUAGCGCAACCAUAGUCGCUGAGAAGCCGAUAAAGAUGAAGCAAGGCAACAUGGACAUGGUGGUUCUAUGUCGCGAUCCCGAGGCACCACUCUGCCAGUCACUUUGGAAUGGUCUUCGACAGGAGGGAUUCCAUCCACGCAUGGUGACCCUUGAAGAUAUAGGGACGGUCAAGGAAGAUAUGAUCGCAUCUCUAGAUCUAGAAGAGAGGUUCUUCGAGCAUCUGGAUGCGGAAAACCUAGGACGUUUUCAACAUCUCUGUCGUCAGUUGGGGAAAAGACGCCUUCUCUGGCUGAUGCCUCCAACCCAGAUUGACUGCCUUGAUCCCCAGGGUAGUCAAGCUCUUGGAUUCAUACGAACCGCGCGAUUCGAGUUGGACCUCGCGAUAACAACAUUGGAGAUUGACCAAAACACUUCCGACUUCGUUCAGCUCGUCAUUGGCGUGUUCCAGAAAAUUCGCCGGGACAACCACCAGUCCCAUUCCAGUGUCGGCGCCAGUACCGGUGUCGGUCUCAUUCCAGAACAGGAAUUUGCGGUCCAAGACAAUAUCGUCAAGGUUGGACGGUAUCGUCCUUACCAACUACACGACUUGCGCCAGGAAGUGUUGACUCCUGAAUGUACCUUCAAUCGGGACCUCGUUCAUUUCGAUCCGGAUGGCACCUACAUGAUGACUGGCGGUCUCGGUGGUCUAGGUCGAGCUAUCGCCGUAUGGAUGGCUGAACGAGGUGCUCGCCAUCUUCUAUUCUUAUCACCCCAAGCUGGCUUGAAGCCGACAGACCCCGAAUUUUUCUCCGAGUUGGACAGCAUGGGAUGUACCGCCGUGGCCGUCUCAGGGAGAAGUCAAAUCGAAGCCGAUGUAGCCCUGGCCAUUCGAUCAGCUCCGUCCCCAAUCAAAGGAGUCCUCCACUUAGCCAUGCAGCUUCGCGAUGCAUCCAUAAUCGACAUGACGUACGAAGCUUGGACUACGGUGAUGGCUCCCAAAGUCAAUGGAGCGUGGAAUCUUCAUCGCCUCCUGGGGGACCAGCUGGAUUUCUUCAUCAUGACCAGUUCCCUCAGCAGCGUCCGUUAUCAGCCCGGUCAGAGUAACUACAAUGCCGCCAACACCUUUUUGGAAUCCUUCUGUCAGUACCGACACCGCCUCGGCCUACCCGCGACCGCGUUGGGCGUUUGUCCAAUCGAAGAGGUAGGAUAUGUGGCAGCAAACAGCGAGACUCGACGCUCUCUCAAGGCUCAAGGACUCUGGUUCGUGGACGAACGGACACUGUUGGAUUUCAUUGAAGUAUCCAUCGCCCAGUCCCGUCAUGUGCGGCCCAAGCGAGAACAAAACGAUUGUAGCGAGCCAUGGGUGGAUCAUGAUUACAUUGUCAUGGGGUUGAAGUCGGAACUUCCCCUGGAUCAUCCAUCAAAUCGAGCUACAUGGCGACGAGAUAGACGCAUGGGAUUCUACCAUAAUGUCGCUCGUGGGAAGUUCGAGCAUACUCCGAGUGGACCGGAAGAACUGAAGGCCUUCCUCACGAGGGCCGCCCAUUCACCAGAUCUCUUCACAGAGACGUCGAGUCGAUCUUACCUGGCCGAAGCCAUUGGCGCACGAAUCUUUAGCUUCUACAUGCGAUCCCAAGACGAGCUGGAUGUAUCUAUGACCUUGUCGCAGAUAGGGCUGGAUUCAUUGAUGGCCAUCGAGUUAAGACGAUGGUGGCGGCAAGUUUUUGGUUUGGAUAUCAGUGUGUUGGAGAUUUUGAGUUCGGGUACCAUCGCUGGACUGGGAGACGCUGCGAUCCGCGAUCUUCAAAGGAAAUUCGUUGAAAUAGAGGAAGGCUAA